UGGUUGGGAUAAACCAUGGCGGGAAUGUGGGGAACCAUAGCGGGGCUGAACCAUGGCGAGGGCGGGGGAGACGUGGGGCUGAACCAUUGCGGGAGCGGGGGGAUCCACACCAUGGCGGGAGCUGUCAUGGAGCUUCUCCGUGCUGAGGAGCGGUCGUGGGAGCUUCACAGUGCUGGCGACACGGCGCUGUCACCCCGCAGACCCUUUUCUUGUCGCCAGGGUGUCCCUAGUGCCCUGCUGCUCCGGCCGCCGCUCGCUGCCCGCAGCAACUCCAACCGCGCCGCCAUCGGGCACCUGCAGCGGCAGCGCUACGGGCGCCUCUACCCGACGCUGCUCGUCAGCACCGACGGCUCUACCGUCCGCCUGCGCUACGGAGAGCCCAAGAGGAUCCUCAUGAUGCCCCUGGACAGCAACACGCUGCCCGAAGCCGAGCGCAAGGCUCGCCUGCGCCGCCACUUCCCCAGCAAGCCUAAGGCCAAGGAGGAGGAGACCUUCCAGGGCAUCGACCUGGACACCUACAAGAAGUUCUGGAAGAAGUGAAGCGCUGAAACCAGAAAUAUUUAAAUUUAUAAAUAAAUGUAUAAAUAAAAAUAUACGAGUA